AUGUGGAAGCACCUUCCGGCAGAAGGUCGUCGGCAUGGUCGGGCGCCGGAACGUCGUCGGCAUGUUGCGGCGCCGGAAUUCUCGGAGCAGGAGAGCAUCAGGAAACUGAUCUAUGGCAGACGACAGGAAGAGGUGUCAGAGCUUGAUGCCAAAAGCCUACAGGCCGUCCGCUGGAAUGCUCACAGAAGCGAUGCAGUCAGGUUGUCCAGACUGAUUACUGCGGCUGGACGUCUUCAAGACUGGAGGAAAGCUCUACGUUUGCUGGAAGGUUCGGCCGCCUUCUCCAUUCGAAGGAAUACCGUCCUCUUCACCUCGACGAUGCAGCCCUGUGUAUCAGCGCAGCAGUGGCCCGCUGCGGUUGCCACAGAGCUGUCGAUGCAGCAUGCCUCUGUGAAGCCGGACUCUGUGGCCUCCAACACCCUCAUCAAUGCUGGAUCCCGAUUUUCCAACUGGCCCUUUGCCCUCUGCCUCCUGGCGUCUCUCUGCGAGACAGAUGGAGCUCUGGAAGACCGCCGACUUCUUGGUCUGGAGCUUCCCGAGCCGAGCUUCGACCGCACCACCUUCAAUUCUGCCAUCACCGCCUGCAUCGACGGGAAAACUUGGAACCUGGCUCUCUGGAUGUUUGGGAGCCUCAUCAAGGAAAGCCUGGAGCCGGACCAGAUCACUUGCACCGGCGCUGCCUGCGCAUGCGCCAUCGGAGGGGCGUGGACGAGUACCCUGGAGCUGCUGUCUCUGCUUCCGCCGCCGAUGCAAAGAGGCUCCCGACUCUCCGAAGUGACGAGAGACCGAAUUGACGUCCUCUUCAAUGAGCAGUUUGAGGCGGAAGACGCCCCUGACAGGAGCAUGCACAAUCUCCGAACCUUUGGGGUGCGCCAAGGCUUCUCCAAGCUUCGGAAAGAGAGGCCGGUGAUGCAACGGCACGUGCGCGACAGGACCUCGGGAAUGCUCGAUGCUGCGAUUCAGAGCUGUGCAGAGGCUUCUGCCUGGGAGCCGGCGUUGCAGAUGGUACGGCGGGCAGAGCGAUUUGAGAUGACUGGUCUCUCCCUGCAGAGGUGCAACUGCAUAACGACCUCCUGCCUCCGCAACCAUCUCUGGCACUGGGGCCUGGUAUUGCUCGGCCAUGCUCGGCAGAGCGGCCUGCGCCCCGACGUCGACAGCGCCACUGCGGCCUUUUCCAGCUGUCAGACAGAUCAGCAAUGGAAGGUGACUGCCAUGAUCUUUGAGAAUUUGCAGGUGGGUGCGGAGGGGGGGAUUGAGCCGGACUUGACGAUGCUAAGCGCCGCCGCCACUUCCAUGGAGAAAGGCGGGCAGUGGAGCCGCUCCUUCCGCCUGCUACGCCUUGCCAUCGCUGCGAGGUUUCAGCACAACCUUGUCAGCUACACCGCGGCUGUGGAUGCCUGUGGCGCAGGCGGCAUCUGGAAGGAUGCCCGUGAACUGCUGGCAGAGAUGCGGCAUGUGGCACAGAGGUCGGAAGCAAAGAGCCUGGCGUCUCCUGGAAUAGAGUGGGACUGGCAUGCUCCUUGCGGGUGGAAGCAGUGGCUGCAUGCGAACUGCAAAGAGGAGGCAUUCAGAACUGGCCAGUGA